UGUAAAACGCGUAAACUAGCACGUAUAUCAAAAUUCGUCGGUGCAUCGGUAAUCCAUCCAUUCAUCAACUGCCAUCUCAACAUCAAGCUCCACGCCUCCACCCUUAACCUCCAAGUUUCCCCUCCCUUUUCCUCCAGAUCUCUCUCCCACCCUCCCCGAAAUUACCAAUUCACCCACCUCAUAUAACCCCAAAACAACCCCACUUUCAUCCAUUUACUUUCUCUCUCUUCCCCACAAUUUUCUCUCUCUAAAAAAAACUCAACAAUGGCAACAUCAGCACCACCAAUCCUCCCAAUCUCCACCCCACAAUCCACCCCUCCCACCAUCAACACGGCCGUGCAAUCCUCCGAUCCACCCAUCGCCACCCCCGCAUUCCGCUCCUUCAUCACCCGCCUCUCCGACCAAGUCAAAGACGGCUACUCUCAAGGCCGUCCUUGGACCGAACUCGUCGACCGCUCCGCCUUCUCCAAACCCGAAUCCAUCGCCGAAGCCACCACCCGAAUCCGCAAAAACUACUCCUACUUCCGCGUCAACUACCUCGCCUUCCUCGCACUCGUCGUCGGAUUCUCCCUCGUCACUCACCCUUUCUCUCUCCUCACCCUCGCCUUCCUCCUCGCCGCCUGGUCCUUCGCUUACCUCUUCAAGCCCGCCGAUCGACCCCUUGUCAUCCUCGGUCGCACCUACUCUGAUCGUGAGACGCUUGGGAUUCUUGUGAUUUUGAGUAUUGUGUUGAUCUUCUUGACGAAUGUUGGAUCUGUGUUGAUGUAUGCGUUUGUUCUUGGUGCGGCGGUUGUUUGUGUUCAUGGUGCUUUUAGGGCUCCUGAAGAUCUCUUCCUUGAUGAUCAAGAUUCUGCUGCCGAAUCUACUGGGUUUCUCUCUUUCCUUGGUGCCACCACUAGAAGCGCCGCCUACGCCGCUGCUCCCGCCGUCGCUGCUGCCCGCGUUUGAUUGGGUAAUUUCAUGAAUUUGGUGUUUAACACAAGAUCGAUGUCAUCUUUUUAUGUUUUUUAAUUUUUUUUAAAAUUGAGAUCUUAGAUAGGGAAAAUUUUUCUUUUAUUUGUAUCAUUCUAAUUACGAAUCUGUAGUACAUAUGAAUUUUUGUUGGUGAUGUUCAUAAUAUUUGGUUGAGUAAUCUGUUGAAUUAGAUAUUCUUACUUUUUUUUGGUGAA